UCCCCCGGGGUACUACUUCCGCCCGGGUUCGGGGGAGGGCGCGGAUGCGUGGCAUGUGCACCUGCCCAUGGGGGGGUGGUGCUUCAACCUCAGCACCUGCGCGGAUCGCGCCAAGACCUUCCUGGGUUCGUCCCGAGCCGACCUGCAAGAAGAGAACCCAUACCGCCAUGCGCGGUGGGGCUACCAGGGCAUACUGAGCAGCAGGAAGAGCGUGAAUCCGCGCUUCUACAACUGGAACGUCGUCAUCCCCUCCUACUGUGACGGAGGGGGGUUCUCGGGCAGGCGAGGGCCUGUGAGGGUGAAUGGUCGCAACGUUACUCUCUACUUGGAAGGAUGGAAGAUCAUGAAAGCCGUGCUGACUGACCUCCUCACCAACCGCGGCCUGCAUUCCGCCACCUCUCUGCUGCUCUCCGGGGCAUCAGCGGGAGGUCAAGCCGUGGUGACCUUCUGUGGCCUCCUCGCCAACUCAGUCGCCCACCCCUCUGCGGUCAAGUGCCUGCUGGACUCCGCCUUCUUCACUGACUCAUUGGACCGGAACGGCUAUCCCUAUUUCCAGCACACGGUGAAGAACAUGGCGGAGCUUCACGAGUCUGUGGGCAACCCCAAAUGCGCCAAGGCGCAACCCCCCGCCAAGAAGUGGCGCUGCUUCUUCCCGCAGUACGCGCUCGCCUUUGUCACGCGCCGCCCGGUCUUCAUCGUGCAGCCGCUCUUUGACUUCCGCGCCCUCGUGCGCGGUAACCAGCUGCCCGAGGACUACGGUUACGUCUUGAACUGCCUGCGCUCGCUCCUCUCCCUGCCCGUCCUCCCGGAGAAGAAAAAGAAUCCAAAGAUUUCUCGCCAAGCGUUUGACCUAGCAGCUGUGGAUGAGGGGGGAAGUGAGGAGGGACUGUUACAGGGUUGGAAGGAGAUUGAGGGAGACGGUUACACUACGUACUCCAUAUGGGCCGAAGCGAAUUUGCGAGAAGCAAAUGAAGCGGCAGCAAGCGGAGCAGCAUCAGACAAGGCGCUGUCAUCAAGAGGGGUAGCAAAUGUAGCGGCAGCGACUACGGUAUCCCUUCACUUCCCCAAUUCACCCUCCCCUCCCCCAUUUCCCUCAUUACCCCAACCGCCCACCAUCUCCAUCCCCCUUUUCGCCCGAAUUCGCCCAUCCCCGACAUUUGUUCCAGAAUUGGCCCCUCCACCUGCAAAAAAAGGACAGAUGUGA